UGGACUGUCAUGGUCGCACGUAUAUAGGGCGGGGAGUUUUCCUCUAAAUUGCGAUCUAAUUAAGAGUAAUUAAUGAGAAAAUUAAAAUAAACCUCACACCAUUUGAUGCGUCCUAUGCGUGCGGAAUAAAAGUAAUGUGGCAAACGUAAGUGAAUUUAAAUUGUGAACGGAACUUUAAUGUAAAUGUUUUGUGCUAUAUGUGACAGCAGCAAUCAAAGGGAAAUGGAUAGCUUUGCAGAAAUCAGGAAAGUGAAGGAGAUGUCAGUAAAGGAACGUCCAUCAUGGCACAUUAAAUGAGAUGCGUGUCAUUAUUGACGGUAAAGUUAAGAGAGCCCCCCGGAAAGGCUUGAAAAUGAAGCAAAUUCCUCCAAAAAAGAAAAAGAACAUAACAAAAGCAACAAAUCAGUCUAUUGAAGAGACAAUUUCGUUUGUAGUAAAUGGACAUCUAACACCUAAGAAACUUACAAAGAAACGGAUGACUUUGAUUUCGAAAAAUGACAUAUCCGAAACGACUGCUGCCGUAAAAAAUAACCGCGAAUCGCGGAAACCGAUCACCACCAUUAAAACAAAACGCGCGAAUGUGAAAGUGAAAACGUUAAAAGGUGCUCCACGUAAGCAGGUUAAAAGAAGCACCCCUGAAAGCACAACUACAUCACUGUCAGAACUUAAGAUCGCUACUUCUGCGAUAUUGGCUCAGACUAUCGAAAAUGAUAGUUCCGAAAAGCAGGUUAAAAAGGGAAUAAAGCUUAAACAAUCGACUAAGACAAAAACGGAAUGCCGCAACGUUAAAAAACAGGCAAAAAAGAAUAUUCCCAUUCUUAGAAAUUCGCUCAAAUCUGAGGAAAAUGAAAAGAAAUCGAAAGAUAAAAAAUCUAAAAUAAUUAUACAGAAAGUUAAGAAACUUCCAGCCGUAAAAGUCAAAGCUAGCGUAACGAUAAAGCAAAAAGGCAAAGUUGGCAAGUUGAAGCAAACCGUAAACGUUAAACCAAAGAAAUCUGCUGUCAGCUCUCAUGAGCCUAAACAAGUCAAACAAGACGUUAAACCAAUCACCACAAAAUUACCAAAAAAUAACCCGAUUACAGAGGAGGCUCUCUGUCCAAAGUUAGAAUUAAUAGAGAAGAAGCCGAGAAAAUUAAAUAAGAAAAAAAUUAAGGUCGAAUAUACUAGCGCAGACGAAACAUCGUCGACGUCGGAUGAAUUUACUUUAGACGCAUUACGUCAACAUCGCUCUAAUGAAAGCGCCAUUAAAAGUGUUAGUUCUAAAAAAAUCGGAGGCAAGGCGAUGGAAACGAAUAAGAAAAAAACUCAAAAAGUGAAAAUGCUAGCGAAAUCUCCGCUUAAGUCUAAAAUGACUUUAAUUAAAAAAGGCGCCGUCGCUAAUAAAAAAACUUGUGCUAAACGUAAAGUGGAACAACGUAAUCGGAAGUUGAAAUUAUACAGCUUCUGGAACGGACCGAAGCGACACCGUGUUGCGUCUCUAAACGCUCUAGCAAAAGUUCACUGUCUCUAUGAAAACGAAACGCGCGGCACCCUCAUGGAUAACGACCACAGUAUCAAGUCCGAGCUAAUCGAUGAUACCAACAACGACGAGGAGGAUGACGAAAUUCUACCAACGAGAACGUUACGUUCGGCCCCAGGUCUGCGAGGCGCCGGAAAACAUUGGGAAAUGCACGACGACACCUUCUCGAGCUCGGAGGAUAACGAGAAUUCCUUCGAAAGACCGCCGUCGCCCAAACCGAAAGUUGAAAAGGAGAAGAAGAAGCCUUCCGUCAAACGGAGACGUAACCGUUGCGAACUCAUAAUGGAUUUGAAAGACAUGGUCGUGCGUAAACGUAUGGCCAGCCUAAACGCGUCUGCAAUUUUAGCGGCGAGCUAUUCGGUCGAGAAGCGUUCAAGCAAAAGUCCUAAAAGCGAGGUGACCGAUACCGAAUCCGACGAUUCGGAGGAUUCGUUCAGUCGACCCUCCGAGGGUAACAAAAAGAAGUGCUUCGACGAGGACGUUAAGAAAGAAGAGGAUCGUAAGGUGAUCGAGGUUCAGGCGGCGCCGAAUAAGAAAGUAUCGGUGAUUCUAAAUCAGGACACCGACGUUACUAUAACAGGGGUAUACGUAAAUAGCACCACUAGAUCGACACAUCACGAAGGUUACUGUAGUAUUGCCGGAAUGCAGUAUCGAAUUUCUGCCAAAAGUCAUACACAAACUGCGUCUACGACCGUUGCAACUGAAACCAUACUGCAGUCCGCCGCAAAUAUGGGUCAGGAAAAUAAUACGACGGAAAAUGCUCAGCAGUCUUGUAAAUCGUAUACUCCGCUAAGUGCAUUAUCAAGCAUGCAACCCCCUGGUACUCCGAAUCAACACGGUGUACCCCAGCACGUUAAUUCGCAACAUGUAAUUCCUCUACCUACAUCACAGCAUACGCCUCAUACGUCACCCGUCGGACGGCACCAUGGAUGUACAAGCGCCUUUAGUGCACCUCCGCCUGGGCCAUAUGGCCCUCCACCUCCGCCUCCUCCUGCACAUCACACAUCGUCGUCGGCUCCGCCAGGUGAUCCCAAUUACAUACACGGUAAGUACCUACAUUGUCCUAUUUGA